CCCACGCAGUGUGGGCUCAAGAAGCGAGCAGCGCAAACCCAGUGCCCGUAGUGCUGUUUAGUAAGCCCGAAGCUGGCAGGCAGAAAGCGGCACUCAGAACUUGCAGAAUCAGUGCCACUUUCUGUGUAACCUCGCCAAGUCCCAGGUUUCGUGUGUAAGAGUCGAUAAGGAUAACUACUUAGGAGGAAUAUAUACAUUCUUGAUCCAAGUUCGAGCUCAUUACAGUGUGAAUUACGCAAUGGAACUCGCAUGUGUUUAAUUCAGUCAUAAUUUUUAAAUCAGAGACGUAAAAGUGCAAUGAAAACUGUUUUACAUUAAUCAACUAAUCGUGUGAAAGUGGUCGCCGACUUUGCCGAUUCACUACGGUGGUAUGUUGAUUUGGCGAUACACAUCUAGGCGCAUUGCCAUGGCAAGCGGAAAGACUGUGCCACCAAGGAGAGGUGAGAUGCUGGACCGUGAAACAGGGGAGCCAGUGCAAAACUGGUCCAAUCAACAUGCUCAGACUACGUGCAUGACCAAUGCCGAGACUGGAGAAGUGGAACAGACCCCAAGCUCCAACAUUCACUCUGACAGGCGAAGGCCCUUCCAGGUACCCAAGAAAGCUCUCCACAACUACCAAAUGAAACAUCGAGCAGACCACAGUAACAAAAUGUUAGAACUAGUGAACAUAUUCAAUGACAGUAACACCACGUCUGAAUAUUAUUAUGCAGUGGGCAUUGAACAGAAGUUCUUGAAUGAUACCUACAACAUUAGUCCUGUUGUUUUAUUAUUGCCCACACUUUUCCUCUUUCCCUCCCCAGCGUGGCUCACCGUAUUCAGCAUUUUCAUCGAGCUGUGCCUCCACAUGUGGACCCACAAAACCAACAAAUACUGCAAGGACUCCCGCCUGAGGUACCGGUCUCCUCUGCACGUCCUCUCUUCCCAGUUCUGUGCACUGUGUAAGUCUAGAAGAAACGCACAGAAGAUCAGCAGGUUACAAGAUGCCAGGGCACUGAAGGUGUACAGCAGAAAGCCUAAGUAUUGUACCUAUGUUGAAAGAGUAAGUGUAGUGACAUGACAAACAGUAUCACAUUCAUCCAAGUAUUGGUUUUUUCUUUUCCAUGCUCUCAUUAUGAAAAGUUAGAAACACAUGGUUAUGUUACUGCAUGGAAGGUAAUGACAUUGUGAAAUAAGAUACAGCUAUCAUAAAGUAUACAGAGUUUGGUAUCAAAGAGCAGAUUACAUCAAACUCUAAUACUGCCUGUGUGAAAACUGAUAUUUGAACUGAAAUGCACAACUUUCAGCUGGCAUACAGUUGUUUCGAUGAAAGAAUAAAGAUUUGAUUUCUAAUUACAACUCCUUCUCAUUUCUAAUCUGUGUGAAUAAUAAGUGCUUAUAAGACAAUCCUACACAACCUCUGUAGUUGAAACAGGAUCAUUAAAAUACUGAGAAUGAAUUAAUAAUUGAAUGGAUAAAAGUGUUUGUGUUAUGCAUGUAAUUUUUGUGUAAAAUCAACAAAAGUGGUACUUGGGAUAUGGCAGAACAGAAACUGAUGACCAAAAAUAAAAACUUGCUACAUUUUACCAGUAAAUAAAAGGAAUAAAUCAGCUAUAACGUCCUGAAAAGAAAAUCUAGACAUGUACUACAUUAAAUGAAUACACAGACAUUUCAAACAUGCUCUGAUAUAAAUAUUUUAUGAAUCAGUCAAAGAAGCUUCCAGUUUGAAGGGCACUGAAAUGCCAAGCAGACACUUCAUUUUUAAUAACUUCCAAAAGCUAUACACAAGAAAAUGGCUUGAAAACAAACUUGGGAUUCAAAAGUCUUUUCUGUGGUAUUUCUUACACAUUACAGAUCAUGUGUGUCAAAGGAAACAAAAACUUAGUAUAAAAUAGAACUACAAAUAGUACAUGGAGGAAAGGCGAAAGAAAUGCAGAUUAUGAUUACAGAAGUACAGAAAACCUAAUUAAUUACCUACAUGUAACAAUAUCACAAAAAAACACAGAAUACCAAGGAACAAUGGUGUAAGUUCCCUCACUUCCAAUUGUAUCAAGUGUGCAGGCAACUUGUAGCAAUACUCAGUUUAUGACUGAGGCAUCAUAUGAUACAAAAUAUUUUUCAAUUGCAGGGUCACCAAACCUCACUUGUCAGUCACUGAGUUGUUGCUGCUGAUACAACAGCUGAGACAUUUACAAGACUGCAGAUUACAUUUUUCAUAGUACUUACUGCAAACACUAGAUAGGACAUACACACUCACGUUCAUCCCUGUCACAAAGAUCAUGUAAUAUUUGAAUAUAAUACAGUGUUUAUGUGUUUUCAGACUGUAACAAAACAAGUGGGACAGCAGCUGACACAGUUCAGUAGCAACUGAACUGUGGUUAUGCCACUAUGUGUCUUCUUGCUUUAUCUUAUAUAUGACUAAGAAUUCAGAAGUUUUAUACCUUGUCCAAAAAAGCAGAAAAUAAAUCAAAUAAAUUAAGAUAUAAUACAGAACUAUGCAUCAGACUUACCAUUUUCCUGACAGCCUUAAUGUUAUUAUUGUGAAAAGUAAUUGUUUACAGAAGGAUAUUAUCAAAAUGGAUCUUUAAAGAAACAGGAUGAGAGGAUGUGGGCUAACUCCAUGUCUCAGAACAGGAUCCAGUGGUAGACACCUAUGGUCUCAGUAGUGAACCCUUGGGUUCCAUAAGAGGCCUGGAAUUUCUUGACAAGCUGAUUCACUAUUAACUCUUCAAGAAGGACCCUGUUGCAUGAAAUUGUGUUUAUGAAAAGUAGAAACUUCUGUCUCAGUAGAUAAACAAGAUACACAGACUAUAGGACAAUUUCAUAAUCAGUGUUAAACUUAUUCUCAUACGUGAAGUGUUCAUAGUAGUGAAGGUUCAGGUUGUGGUAUUUUGGGUUAUGAUACCAGGUAGUCUGGUAGCCAGUUACCUGUGUCUCAAAGGAACAUACUAUGUCUUCAGGAUACAAGUUACUUCUGUUCUGAAGAUGGAGACAGUAUGUUUCACCAAAGCAAUCCAUAAGACCAGAACUGGAAAGCUAAACUUUCCUUCACAAGAUACUUUGGGAACAUAUAUUAGAGACAAAACUGGGAUCAGCAAUUAGAAAGAACAAAUGAUUACAUGAUACCACCAGAGACUGCAAUGAAAUGUGAUUCAAAAGGAAAGAGAUUUUGGAUGCCAAAAAUGAGGCUUAACAGUGCAUGGGUUAUUGUUUUUCACAUCUCACUCCAGGCCUCCUUCCAAAUUCUUAUCUAAUCACAAUUUGUCUUUUCACUCAUUGACCUAUAACCUCAUCAUUUGAAACAGUGUUAUUAAAUACCAGAAUCAGUGACUGAAUCAGAUUAUACAGAAUAUACUGUCGCGUAUUGGGCGUAUAUCGCGACA